AUGGCCGCUGCGUACAAGGCAAAGGACAUGGACCAAGUGGCCUACGAAGAAUCGUGCUCGAGCUGCCAGGACAUCUUCAAAACUAAAGAGGUCGUUUCGCGCUUGGGCAACGCGCGAUUCGCGCAGGACUAUAUCAACUGCAUGAGCUGCAUCAAGAAACGCAACUUGGCCGGUGACGUCCCGAACUCCGAGUCAAUGUGUAAUCCGCUGGAGGUGGUGAACAUUCGUGGCGGUCAGUAUAUGUUGCUAACUUACAAGCUGCCGCUGGUGUUAACGUCGACUGUUCAACUGCCCACCCUGGCAGCCAACUUUUUUGACGACAUGGUGUGGGCAGGUCAUUUAGCCGAAGCCGAUCAUUCAAACCCUAUUGUUGUGGCCAAUGCGUGCCUCGAAAAACGGGCGGGUGGGACCUGA